UAACAAACCUUCAAUCCUCCUUGUGGUAGGAGACAACUGCCCUUCAAAGCCCCAUUUUAAAUCUGUUAUUCUCCCACUGGUGAAGAAUCUGUGGAUAAAAAAUGGGGUUAACAAUGGCACACAGACCUAGAGGCGCCAUAACAAAGAAGUGGUUAGGGUUUGUAACAGCCAUUUGGGUGCAGGCCAUUGCUGGAAACAAUUAUACCUUUGCUAAUUACUCUGUGGCUCUCAAGGCCAUUUUAGGGUUAAACCAGGUGCAGCUUAAUAACCUCAGCGUAGCCAAAGAUGUGGGGAAAGCUUUCGGUUUAGUUGCAGGUUUUGCUUCGGAUUAUUUGCCUGCCUGGGUGAUUUUGCUCAUUGGCUCUGUGGAAGGAUUCGUGGGUUACGGCGCACAAUGGCUGGUUGUCAGCCAGAGGAUUCGACCCUUGCCCUAUUGGCAGAUGUGUGUGUUUCUUUGCAUGGGAGGGAACAGCACGACGUGGAUGAACACGGCCGUGCUGGUUACGUGCAUGCGAAACUUCUCGAAGAACAGAGGCCCUGUGGUGGGGAUUCUGAAAGGCUACAUUGGUCUCAGCACUGCCAUUUUCACCGAUAUUUGCAGCGCCCUUUUUGCCAGCAAUCCUUCGUCGUUUUUAUUGAUGCUUAGUGUUGUCCCUGGUCUCGUCUGCUUCACUGCCAUGGUGUUUAUGCGGCCUGUGCCUAGUGCAGUUGAUGAAGGGGAAGAAAAAGAGGAAGUUAACAGUUUUUAUGUCCUGAAUAUCUUGGCAGUUGUUACGGCCGUCUAUUUGCUUACCUUUGAUAUGACUGGCGAGCACGGAAUUGUGCUUUCGCGUGCUUUUGUGGGCUUCUUGUUGCUUCUUCUCGCCGCGCCUUUGAUCGUGCCCGCAAAGCUUUUGAUUCAGCGACGAUUUUCCGCCCACCCGAGUUCGAAUCCCAGGACGUCCAGCGAAAAACAAAUUACAGAGCCAUUGUUAGACACGGCUGAGGAAGGAGCUGCCGAUUCUGUAUCUGUUGUUACCGAAUCUCCGCCGCCGCCGCCGCCGCCGCCACCGCCGCCAAGCCUGAAUCAGAUUGCGCGCAAGCCGCUUAUUGGUGAAGAUCAUACAAUAUUUCAGGCGAUGCAGAAAUUUGAUUUCUGGUUACUUUUCUUGGCUUUUCUUUGCGGCGUUGGGACUGGAAUGGCUGUGAUUAACAACAUGGGGCAGAUUGGGCUGGCCAUGGGCUACGUUGACGUUUCUGUGUUUGUGUCUCUCAUCAGCAUUUGGGGAUUCUUUGGCAGGAUCGGAGCGGGCUCCAUUUCUGAGCAUUUUCUAAGAAAGGCGGGCAUACCUAGACCAGUGUGGAUGGCUGUAUCACAGGUGGUGAUGAUAGUGGGGUACAUAACAAUGGCCAUUGGAAUGCAGGGGUCUCUCUACAUUGGUUCUAUGGUGGUGGGCAUCUGCUAUGGCGUCCGUCUCUCCAUUUCUGUGCCAACUGCAUCUGAACUUUUUGGAUUGAAAUAUUACGGCUUGAUUUACAACUUCCUCAUUCUCAACUUGCCGUUGGGGUCCUUCCUCUUCUCUGGUCUUUUGGCUGGGAUUUUAUACGACAUUGAGGCUGCCAAAGACCGGAAAGAAAAUGUAAUUUCACCACUUUUAACCAGAGGAUGGUCAUCCGUAAACUUCAACGGUCUCUUAAGCGGGCGACAUGAGUUAUAUGUGGAAAAUGGCAAGACAUGUGUGGGAGCACACUGUUAUAGAUUGGUCUUCCUGGUUAUGGCUGGAGUUUGCCUUUUGGGAUUAGGCUUGGACUUGCUUCUCACCUUUAGGACGAAGAAAUUGUAUUCUAAUUUAUACAGGUCUAGGAAGGCCCGAGUCUCACAACAUCUCAGACAAAAGCUCUGAGACUGUUUUAUGGAUUGAUUGCACUAGUGGGGAGGCGCAAGCAAUUUAUAUGUUUGUCUAUAACCCAUGGUUUACUGGCUAAUGACUUCAUUGGAAAUUGAUUUUC